AUGUCGACUCUCCCCUUCUCCAAACUGCUUCCCAUGAUACCUAUGCUCAGCAGUGAAGGCGACUUCCUGCUAUGGUCUCAAUCCCUCAAACGGGCCCUCAAUUCAACAAAUCCGAGAUACUGGGCAAACCGUGUUGAUGGCCCUCUUUCCGCCUUCCGAAAUACCGAGAGAUCUCCAAUUAACCACGAUAUUCUUGCACUUAUUGGUGCCAGAGUCGACAAAGAAUUGCAGUCACUCAUCGCCACCGCGGAAAACCCUCGUCUUGCGUUCGAACUUUUGAAGAAUCACUUCGCCGAUACCGAGCCGAGCAAGAGCCAGACUUCCCUAACUGUCGACCAACCUAAGGAGCAAUGA